UUGUUCUUCUGUGGGCUGAGAUGACGACAGAAACAAGUGAGGGGGUGGAGAGAGAGAGAGACAGCGAGAGACAGAUUCAGAGCAGUAUGUUCAGUCUGUGGUAACAUCUCACUGUGAUACCCAUGUUUGCAGCCUGAGGUAUCGUGUCCUAUUACAGAGCCUGAAUAGAAAAUCCAUAUCCCAAGAUGCAGUGGUGCAGGUGGGCUGGCAGUUGGAGAUCACACCUACCGGGACAGUCUGCAGAGCCGGAGAUCGAGGACUCUUUCGACUUUCUUUUUAAAAUCAUCCUGGUCGGGGACUCAGAUGUGGGAAAGACUUGUGUGGUCCAGAGCUUCAAGUCUGGCAUAUUCAUGGAGAAGCAGCAAAACACCAUUGGGGUCGACUUUACGGUUCGUACCCUGGACAUCGACGGCAAGAAGGUGAAGAUGCAGGUGUGGGACACAGCAGGGCAGGAGCGCUUCCGCACCAUCACUCAGAGCUACUACCGCAGUGCCCACGGGGCCAUGGUGGCCUAUGACAUCACACGCCGCACCACAUUCGAAUCUGUUCCCCACUGGAUCAGGGAGGUGGAGCAGUAUGGAGCUGCCAGUGUGGUGCUGAUCCUUAUUGGUAAUAAGUCAGACCUCCACGGUCAGAGGCAGGUGUUGUUCGAGGAAGCUUGCACUCUGGCAGAAAACAACAAUGUGCUGGCUGCUCUGGAAACCUCAGCCAAGGAGGCCCAGAACGUGGACGCAGCCUUCAUCCUCAUGGCCCGGGAGCUACUGGCACGCAACGGCAUGACCAUCACAGACGAGGCCCUUCAAGACUCGCCUCAGUUCAUGUUGAGUAACAGCUCCCAUCCAGUCCAUGGCGCUGUGUCUUCAGAUAAAAAGUGCGGCUGCUGAGCAGACUGAAGUGGGGACAUGUCGGUUAAGACAUGUGGUGACAGCCUGACGUGUGUUUGAAAAGUUUCUGUACCAGGGAAGCAAAGUUAUUCACAGAGGCUGUGUUUUAGGGAAAACUAAAUACGUUGCAUUGUGUGUGAAUGUAAAUUUUGUAUGUGUUUUGACUUUUAAUAUUUACAUACACAGUAUCAGUAACACAGGUUUUAAAUGGUGGUUGCUUAUCAAACACGUUUUGUAAUAUUCUUCUUAGGAUAACUGCUGCUGAAUGUGAUGAACACUCCAGCAUUACAAACCACACCUCUGCUGAAGGACUCUGUACUGAGAUUGUAGUAC